AUGGCCCAGAGAGUGACUUUUAGAAGAAGAAACCCAUACAACACCAGAUCUAACCAGAUCAAGGUGGUCAAGACUCCUGGUGGAAAGCUUGUCGCACAACACCAGAAAAAGUCCGGCACCAGACCAAAGUGUGGUGACUGUGGAAUUGCUCUUCCUGGUGUCGCUGCCCUCAGACCAAGACAAUACGCUUCCAUUUCUAAGACCCACAAGACUGUCUCGAGAUCUUACGGUGGUUCCAGAUGUGCUAACUGUGUCAAGGAGAGAAUCAUUAGAGCUUUCUUGAUUGAAGAACAAAAGAUUGUCAAGAAGGUGUUGAAGGACCAAGCUGAGAAAGAAAAGUCUAAGAAAUAG